CCGGGACGUGACUCGAAUGUUAUUGAGUUUGGCACAGCAGUUGACACAGCUGGGACAUUCUUGUCGGUCUUUCAUGAAUUCGUGCUUGUCGGGAAAGAUCCUGGUUGUCAAACUGGUGAUAGCGAAGCUAGGUCUGUUCACCGCACGCAAGCAGCUCAAAGACUUGGCCCAAGCCAUUUGUUCGAUAGCCCACGCUAUAGUUGGCGCUCAUGCGAGACGUGGAAAGAUUGUCGAAUCGCUUCUCAGGCUGGCUGCCGAUGCGUUGAUAGAAGAACCGUGAGUGACAGCCAAGGCAUUACCCAAAUGUUGUUGUCCGCGCUGGAGGCCAUGCAAACAGCGCUGGCAGUCACGGGGUUUGCUUCUCCUUCACCACCGACUUGCCCACGAUCUUCAACCCCACCCCAACACCCAACGCUCCUCAACUCAACACCCGCGACUUCAUGGCAGUCCAUGCCCGAUCAAAGCAAUGAAUCAGACAUUCACGUAAGUAUAGAGCAUUUUACUCUCCUGCCAACAUCCCAUCCUUGCCCCACCGUUUCGCGCUUCAAAAACAACCUCCGCCCCUCCUAAGAGCGAUAUGUCUCUUUCACCCCCCAUCACACUCCCUCAUGCUCCUACACCAAUCCGCAGAGCACUUGUCUCGCGGAGCCCUCUGAUAGGCUAGCCGGGAUAUUCUUCAGGUAAGUUUGUGCUCCGAAGAGGCGCCAUAGAAGGAAAGGCACGGCUGUUACGAUCGCGGGGCAGAAGCUACCAGCUCCAGACGAAGCAGAAAGUCCAGCCGUGAAGUUGGAGGCAUAAGCAAAACCUCAUCCUUUUCCUUGUCGGCUAGAGCGACUUUGACGUUGAGAGACAAUGUCCGAAAAAUGUAUAAGCUGCGCUCCGGCGACUUGCACACGCAGCUUCUCCGGACCUUUCUCUUUGUCGGCAUGCCAGUAAAGAGCCACCUCACGACCGAAAACAUCGGUCUCAAAUAUCCGGUGCAGCCAUUUAGCGUACGAUACGAAAUGUUGCUCGCCACGGGAUACACCUUGCAGCUUCAA